AUGAGCAGCGCGGAGCCGCCGCUCGGCGCCGGGCCGCGGGCAGCGCCCGCCUGGCAGCGGGAGAUCCUGGAGCGCAAGCGGGCCAAGCUGGCCGGGGCGGGCGGCGAGCCCGAGCCCCCGGCCGGGGAGCGGCUGGUGGUGGCGGAGAGCCUGGGCCCGCUCCGCGAGAACCCCUUCAUGCGGCUGGAGAGCGAGCGGCGCCGGCUGCGGCAGGGGCGGCCCGGGCCCGGCGGCGCGGCGCGGCCGCUGCAGCAGCUGCUGGAGCUGUACAGCGCCGUGCCCGGCAUCCGCACCAUCCGCGCCGACAACAUCCUCAUCAUCGAGUCCCGCGCCGACCCCGCCGCCUGCUUCGCCGCGGGGGACGCGCCGCCCGCCCGCCGCCGGGACUCGGCCGGCGCCGACCCGCUGCGGGAGCUGCUGGCCCGGCGCGGCGCCGCGCUCGCCGAGAUCCGCGCCGACCAGGUCGUCAUCUACGAGACGGCCGAGCCGCCGGAGCCGCCCGAGGCGGCCGAGCCGGGCACCGUCAGCCGCCUCCUGGAGAAGUUCGGGCAGCGGCCGCGGGGCCGCCGUCGCCGCGUUGGGGACGCGCUGACCGGGACCGGCGGGGCCGCGGCUCCGCCGCAGCCCCCGCGCCCCUCCAGAAGGGACCCGGCUUUCCCCGGGCUCCGGCGCCAAAGGCGGGACCGGCAUCUCCGCCGGCGCUCCCGGCCACCCCUCCGCCGCUCCCGGCUCCCCCCCGGGCUGCCACCCCCCCCGGCGGUGCCGGUGGCCCCCCAGCCCACGGUCCCGCAGCCGGCUCCCCCCCGGGCUGUCACCCCUCCGCCCACUGCUCCCCCACGGGCUGUCACUCCCCCGCCCAUAGUUUCCCCUCGGGCUGUCACCCCCCAGCCCACGGCACCCCCGCGGGCUGUCACCCCCCAGCCCGCACCACCUCCCCGGGUGGUCACCCCGCAGCCCGUGUCCCCGCAGCCCACCCCGGCUCCCCCUCGGGCUGCAGCCCCCCAGGCGGUCCCAGCUGCCCCCAAGGCUGUGGCCCCUCAGGCCAACUGCUUUCUCCACAAGAUCAGCUCCAACUCCUUCACGGUCACACCCCGGGGGCAGCUCCCCAGCACCCGCGUCCCCGAGCCCGGGGCUGUCCCCACCGGCCGCCCCGCAACGCCCAAGGGGCCACCAGUGCCAUCCACCAGCCCUUCCCAUGCCAGAGCCAACGCCAGGAGGCCAAAGCCGGAGGAGGCCGAGGUGGCCGUGUCGCCCCUGCCCAGUGCCAGUCCGGCCCCCAGUGCCACCGGCGCCACUCGGCCGCUCUCCGCCUCAGCCCCCCGGGCCGGGGGCUCCUUCGAAAUCCACCCGGCCCCCAAGCCCGACUUGUCGGCCAUCCCAGCCCACGACCUGCAGGCACAGGCUCUGGCCAAGCUGCGCCUGAAUUCACGCAAUUCCUUCGUCUUCGUGCCCCGCCGGGAGGGCAGCCCGGCCCAGCCGCCGGCCCAGAUUGCCAGGCCAGGGCCACCGCCACCGCCCUCGGAGGAGAAGGCACCCAAGGAGGCCCCGAGGGCUUCCGCCCCGGAGCAGGAAGAGCCCAUCACUUCCCCACCGGCGCCUCUGGAUCCCUUGGUACCUGUGACUUAUAUCGAUGACAUUGUGGAGCCGGACAGCGGGGAACCUCUUCCCAGGGCUGGCCCGGCUGUGCGGACGGGGAGCUUGGCGGAUCAGCCCGGAGGAGCUGGGCCUGACCUGGAGAUGGAGUUUUCCUCCGUGCCCCUCUACAGACCGCACUCUGCCCCCCAGCAGAGGGGAGGCAGCACCUUCACUGUCGUGCCCAAAAGGAAGCCCGCGGCCCCGGGGCUGCCGGCUCUGGCUGAUGCCAGCGGAAGGCCACAGCGGGAGGAAGAGGAGGAGGAGGAGGACAGCAAAGGAAGAGGCAAAGCCGUGGAGAACGCCGAUGGGCCCCAAGUGGGGAUAUCCCAUAAAAAGCGCUACCCCACGGUGAACGAGAUUGAAGUGAUCGGGGGGUACCUGUCCCUGGAGAGGUCCUGCAUGAGCAAGACGGGCUCACGCCGCAAGAAGAUGAAGAUCUCUUUCAACGAGACAAGUUUGCAGACGAUGUUUGAGUACCCCUCAGAGAGCUCCCUGGCAGAAGAGGAUGAGGAAGAGGAAGGACAUGCUUCCGAAACAGAGGAGGAAAAAUCUCGUAUCUUUUAUAUUCCACGCCCAAACAGCACUUUGCAUCCCAGUACACCUAACUCAGCAGAUUUAUCCAGCUACACCCCAAAGCACUCCGUGAAGUUCAGCGAGUGGCAGGAGCAGAAGUAUGAGGGUCCUGCUGCAGAGGGACCCCUCCCAAAGGAAGCUGAUUCCCAUGGGAACCAAGUUAUGCUCACCCCGGCGGAGAAGGGCGGUCUGUCGGAUUUCAGCAGCGAGCCUGCGCUCUAUUUCUGAGGCUGCUCCGCGGUGCUGCAGCAGCGGCUGCUGGGCAGGACGGGGCAGUGCAGCCGCCGUGUGGAACCACCACCCAAACCGCCCCCAAACCGCGGCUUUCCCCGGAUCCUGCUGCCAAGGGUGGACCAGAUGCUCUCGGGCAUCUUCGGAGAAUAUUUGCACUGGAUUUUGGGACCGAAUUACUGCUUUCAAGGCAUAUGAUUUAUUCUGCCUGUGGCCUUGCAUAUUCCUUGUUCAAGAUCAGCUGCUGGUUAGGCAAGUGUGGGAAGGACAUCUGUAAUUCUGGCAAGGAUGUUGAUUUUUCUUAAUGUUUGUCUGAGUUCAGGCACUGUGCAGGUUCUGGACAGCUUUUGCAACCCUUCUCCCCGGUGGAGGACGGCUCUGGAGUUGGAGCACUGGGCAGUUAGGUGGGUUCACAGCAUGGCUGUGACUUGACACAUUUAGUAUCAGUUUGGAAAACCAUUGAAGGUUCAUGGUUUGUCCUUGGCAUGUUUCCAGCUCUGGUUUCACUGAAACAUCAUGGAAUUCAUGUGCUUGUGGAGUUCACUGAACACCCUGAGGGAGGGAUGGGAAGAGCAAUGAAUACCUUUAGCUUUAGGUGUUACUUUUGCACCAAUCAGUAGAGAAGUGUUCAGACUGUCUCAAGCCUCUUGAAGAUUCCCUAACAUUGGCCAUAGCUUUGGUCUGUCCUUCCCAACUCUGGCAUCCAAUCUCUGGGAAUUGCUGGUUGUGCUCCAGUUUGUCAGCUCCUCUUGUUGCUUUGUUCUAGAUCUGAUUGAUCUCUCUCGGUUGCUUCCUUCAAGCCACACUUGCUCUGCUCCUCUAAUCAAAGCACAGGAGGGCAGUUUCACUCCUUUCUUCUGCAGAACUUGAACAAGGAAUGUGGGUUAUUUUAGUUUUUUCUAGGAUUUUUAUAGUUCUAUUGUAAUUGUUUAAUGCAGCCAAUAUGCAAAGGAACCUGCUAGAAUCUUCCAUUCAAGUUUUCUACUACUGUAAACUCAGGGUCAAAAUUGCACUCUGGAACAGGUGGAGCAGUGCUGCUAAUGUGAUUUGUACUUUGGGAUUAAAAGAGAUGUGGUGAGAACAGAUCCGGCCUCUUUGGGCUUUAUGGAAUGAGUGGUACCCCGGUGUGGGGCGUGAGCCAGAAGAACAGGCUGGUAUCUUUGAUUAAAUUUGAUGGUCACUGGA